AUGGCCAAUUCAAGCGAGUUUGCUGAGAGUACCGCGUCUUUCCAGAGCUACGCAUCUGCCGUCCCCGCGGUCAAGCUGGCCUCUCUGGGGCUGAUCUCGACUGUGAGCCUCCUGGGAAACAUGGCUCUGUGCGCACUGCUGCUGAAAGACUGCUCCCUGCACCGGGCUCCCUACUAUUUCCUGUUGGACCUGUGUGUGUCUGACGUGCUGCGCACCAUCAUGUGCUUCCCUUUCACCAUGGCCUCCAUCGGUAGCGGCGGCUCCUGGCCCUACACAGUGCUCAGCUGUAAGCUAGUGGCAUUUGCCUCUGUGCUGUUCUGUUUUCACGUCGCCUUCCUCCUUUUCUGCGUCAGCGUCACACGUUAUAUGGCCAUUGCGCACCAUCGCUUUUACUCAAAGCGCAUGAACUUAUGCACGUGUGUUGCGGUCAUUUGCAUGGUGUGGACUCUGUCAGUGGCCAUGGCAUUUCCCCCUGUGUUCGACGUGGGCACGUACAAGUUUAUCCAUGAGGAGGAGCAGUGUACGUUCGAGCACCGCUACCUGAAGGCCAAUGAUACGUUGGGGUUUAUGUUGAUGCUGGCCGUCAUUGUGGGCAGCACGCAUGUGGUCUAUGUAAAGAUACUCUGUUUUGUCUAUGAUCACAGAAAGAUGAAGCCGGCACAACUGGUCCCUGCUAUCAGCCAGAACUGGACCUUUCACGGCCCUGGAGCAACAGGCCAGGCUGCAGCCAACUGGAUUGCAGGAUUUGGUCGUGGCCCCACACCGCCCACUCUGGUGGGCAUCAGACAGGCCACACAUCAGGCCACCAGGAGGUUGCUGGGACUGGAUGAGUUCAAGACGGAGAAGCGCAUUGGAAGGAUGUAUUACAUUAUCACUGUGACGUUCUUGCUCAUGUGGGCGCCCUAUAUCAGUGCUUGUUUCCUGAGGAUAUUUGUGAAGGGUGCGUCAGUGCCACCUGUGUACCUCACAGCAGCAGUGUGGAUGAGCUUUGCUCAGGCUGGGGCCAACCCCAUUAUAAGUUUUAUGUUCAACAGAGAGCUGAGGAGGGCCCUCAGAGCCUGCCUUCCCUGCUGCCUGGCCUCGCACAUUCCCAUGGAGCCAUAUUAUGCCAUCUAA